CUACCAGUUCCUGACACCCCAGUGGAAGUUCUUGUGGAUCUCCUGACAAAAGCCAAGGAGAUAGCUGCAGCAAGUGGUAAUGUCCCAGAAGAGUUGGCAAGUCACCUGCAAAAGGCUCUGGACAUAGCCAGAGGUCUGGAUGACUACCUGGAGGUAAUGACCACGCAGGAGAGUGAACCCCUGGCAGAGCUUUACAAAAAAACAGUCUCCCAUGAUUGGGAUCAGGUGCACAAGGAGGGCAAGACUAUGUUCCGGCUCCCCAAAGAGUGUAUCACUGGACACGUUGAAGGCCAGACCCUGAAGAUGCUAAUCCACAUGAGUCAAGCCAAGAGGGUCCUGGAGAUUGGAAUGUUCACUGGUUAUGGAGCUCUGUCCAUGGCCGAAGGGCUUCCUGAAGGCGGCUGCUUAAUUGCUUGCGAGCUGGAGCCAUACCUUAAAGAGUUUGCUCAACCCUUUUUUGACAUGUCUCCACAUGGCAAGAAGAUAACUAUCAGGACUGGAUCUGCAAUGGACACCUUAAAGGAGUUGGGUGCUUCAGGUGAGCAGUUUGACAUGGUCUUCAUCGAUGCUGAUAAGAAUAAUUACAUCAACUACUACAACUUCAUCCUGGACAACAAUCUGCUGAGAUUGCAAGGGGUCAUAUGUGUAGAUAACUCACUCUUCAAAGCCAAGGUUUACCUUAAAGACACCACAGAUAAGAACGGACUGGCUCUUCGAGAAUUCAACCAGUUUGUCUCUAAUGAUCCUCGCGUGGAACAGGUCAUCAUCCCUCUUAGAGAUGGCAUCAGUGUUAUCCGACGGGUAUCUGUGGCUUCUGAGUGCUCCAGGUCACAGAGUAAAAUAACAGAUGAUGAGGUUUUCCGUGGGGUCAAGGGGCGCACCAUCCUCGAGCGGAUGCGUCUUGAUGGAAAGGUGGCCUACGUGACAGGUGCUGGGCAGGGCAUAGGCCGAGCAUUCGCUCACGCUCUGGGUGAGGCUGGUGCAAAGGUGGCUGUGGUAGACCUGGACAAAGCUAGAGCUGAAGCAGUGACUACAGAGCUCACACUUAAAGGUAUCAAUGCCAUUUCAAUCAUAGCUGAUAUAAGCAAGUCAGAUGAUGUCCAGAAGAUGAUUGACAACAUUGUGUCCAAAUGGGGAGCGAUCCACAUCGCUUGUAACAAUGCCGGCAUCAAUAUGAAUUCUGCCAGCGAGGAUACCAGUCUAGAGGAGUGGGACCAAACUUUUAAUGUCAACCUGAGGGGGACGUUCAUGUGCUGCCAGGCAGCAGGUCGAGUGAUGUUAAAGCAAGGAUACGGCAAGAUUAUCAACACAGCCUCCAUGGCCAGUCUAAUAGUCCCCCAUCCCCAGAAGCAACUUUCCUACAACGCCUCCAAGGCUGGAGUGGUCAAACUGACUCAGACUCUGGGCACCGAAUGGAUCGACAGAGGAGUGCGUGUCAACUGCAUCUCGCCGGGGAUUGUUGACACCCCUCUCAUCCACUCAGAGAAUCUGAGGCCUCUGGUGAAGCGCUGGCUGUCAGAUAUCCCUGCUGGUAGACUGGCUCAAGUGACAGACCUGCAAGCUGCAGUGGUCUACUUGGCAUCUGACGCCUCCGACUACAUGACAGGGCAUAACUUAGUCAUAGAGGGUGGGCAAAGUCUGUGGUAG